UUACACUCCCUGCCGUCUUUAAACCACUAUAAAAGCGGUUCAGUCACACUUUCCCAAACCCGGUUCAGUCACGUCCCUUUAUAGAUUUUUAAGUCAAUUCAAAGAGAAAUCGAAAGAUCCUUUGGAGUCGCAGUGAAGUUGCCGACACCGGGAAAAUCGCCGGUGUACCUGAAACAGUCGGAACGCCGGAGAACCGGUGACAGAGAAUGAAUAUGCAUUUGGCUGCUCUGUUUCUCGCCAUCAUCGUUUCGCCACUCUUCGUUUUCUCAUCUCAAAUCGAGCAGAUCGUGUCUAACCAGAAUGAUCCAGACGCAGCCAAGCUCAGAAUCUCACAACUAGAAGCUGUUCUUGAGGAGACUACCCAGAAGGUGAAAGAGCGUGAGAAGUUGAUUCAAGAUGCUGAAACUCAGAUCCUUGAUUUGCACUCUGCUUCUUAUAGUUUCGAGAGCGGUUUACCUUUGGUCCAGGAGAGGAUAAGCGAGUUGGAAGAAGAGGUUAAGCUCCUAUGGGCUGCCUUGAGAACAGCCAACUUUGACCUUCACGUUUUAGAGGAUAAGGCAAGAGAUGCUGAGCGUCAAGUUAAGGCCACAGCUUUCGAAGUUAAACAGAUGACCGAAGUUGUUACGGAGCAGUGGAUUCAAGUUCAGCAUCUUGAGCAGAUGAAAGAAUUCAAUAACCGAAGGAAUCACGUUCCUAGCAGAUGCACUCUCUUGAAGCUCAUGAGUGACAUCCGCUGGGAGGUAAAGAAUGCCCUGUCUCAGUUAAGAAGCCUCUGGGCAGCUGUUACCAAAUACCACCACCAGUUGCAAGGCUUCAUCAAGCAUGAGAUGGAAAGAAACCAGAUCACAUCAGCUCUUGCAAACAGUGAAGUUGUGUUUUUUAUGGCGUCUGCAUUGAUUACCUUCCCGGUGUUUGGAGCAUGGCUCUUAUUCUCUGCCUAGUUUUGUUCCUAGAAGACAUGAUCAACUCAAGCGUCAGCCAUUUUAACAUUGGUUUUACUUCUGUUUGUAGCUACAAAUAUUGUCUAGUCAUUGAGAUCCCUAUAGUCGGGUGAAUCUCUGGUUUGAACCAGUUAAUUUUAGGAAUGUUGCACAAUUUUGUCAAAGUUCAGUUUUUGGAGUAAGAAUAUUUUUAAUCCAAAAA